GAGCCCGCAGAGGCGCAAGGACAGGCGGCCCCAGAGGGAACAGAGCCCGAGGAGGCUGUCGCGACAGCCCCGUCCGGGACAGACGCCGAGGGAGCUCUGAGAGAGGAAACUCCGUCGGGGACAGUCCCUGAGGAUGCGGAGCGAGAGGCAGCCCCGACAGAGCCCGAGGAGGCUGCGGCGACAGCUCCAGCGGGGACAGUCCCCGAGGAUGCGGGUGCGGUGCAGGAGGCAGCCCCGGCUGAUGUGGCAGUCCCCGAAAAGGCGCUGGGGACAGUCCCUAAGGGUGAGGUGCAGGAGGCAGCCCCGGCUGGGACAGUCCCUGAGGAAGGGGCGGUCCCGGUGGGGACAGUCCCCAGGGAUGAGGUGCAGGAGGCAGCUCAGGCAGGGACAGUCUCUGAGGAAGUGCUGGGGACAGUCGCUAAGGAUGCGGUGCAGGAAGAAUCCGCAUCUGGGACAGUCCCCAGGGAGGUGUUGGAGACAAUCCCCAAGGAUGAGCUGCGGGACGUAGCCCCGGCAGGGACGGUCCCUGAGGAUGCGGUGCAGGAGGAAACCCAGUCUGGGACACUCCCCAAAGAUGAGGUGCGGGAGGAAGCUCCAGCAGGGUCCGAGGAUGCGGUGCAGGAGGCAGCCCCGGCAGGGACAGUCCCUGAGGAGGCGUUGGGGACAAUCCCCAAGGAUGGGGUGCAGCAGGAAACUCCAGCAGGGACGGUCCCCGGGGAUGCGGUGCAGGAGGAAGCUCCAGUCCCCAGGGAUGCGGUGCGGGAGGCAGCCCCGGCAGGGACGGUCCGCAAGGAUGAGGUGCAGGAGGCGGUUCCAGUCCCCGAGAAUGAGGUGCAGGAGGAAGCUAGAGCAGAUGUGACAGUCCCCAGGGAUGCGGUGCGGGAGGAAACCCUGGCAGGGACAGUCCCCGAGGAUGAGGCGCAGGACGCAGUUCCAGUCCCCAGGGAUGCGGUGCAGGAGGCAGCUCCAGCUGAUGUGACAGUCCUCAGGGAUGAAGUGCAGGAGGCAGCCCCGGUUUCUGGGACAGUCCCCAGGGAUGAGGGGCAGGAGGAAACCCUGGCAGUUCCAGUCCCCAGGGAUGCGGGGCAGGACGCAGUUCCAGUCCCCAGGGAUGAGGUGCAGGAGGCAGUUCCAGUCCCCAGGGAUGAGGUGCAGGACGCAGUUCCAGUCCCCAGGGAUGAAGUGCAGGAGGCAGCCCCCGCAGGCUCGGUCCCUGCGGAGCGCAGCGCGGAUGCUGCCGAGAGCCGCGGGGCACCGCAG